UUCUCGCUUGCCUCUCUUCUCAGCAGUCGUCGGCGGAGUCGCGCUCUCUCCAUUUUCGUCAGAGAUGGCAAAGUCGAAGAAUCACACAGCUCAUAACCAAUCCUACAAGGCUCACAAGAACGGGAUAAAGAAACCUAGGAGGCACCGUCACGCCUCCACCAAAGGAAUGGAUCCGAAGUUUCUGAGGAACCAGAGGUACGCAAGGAAGCACAACAAGAAGAGCGGCGAGACGGCAACUGAAGAAGAAUAGAGAUGGAGAAAUUUUUUAGCUAACUAGAAUUGUUUUUUAGCUUUCGCUGGUUUAUUUACUGUCUAGUUAUAUGAUUUAACUAGAUUUCUCUGUGUUGUUAUUUUUCUUCUCUCAAAUUUACAACGUUUGUGGCCGUGUGCACUGUGUUAAAACCGAUGUUUGCAAGAAAUCUCAGGACAUGAAUUUUACAAUUUUGAUA